AAAAUGUCAUCUAGCAGUCAAGGCAUUUUAGGUACUUCACCCAACAAAGGAAACACAUUUAGUUUAUAUGCAGAGUCAUCAUCUACUCGUCGAGGAUCUGUUUCUAUCAAUGAUUCACCUAAUUUUCAACGGAGGUUGAUUGAUUCCACCUUAUCGCAAGCAGUAGAAUUAGCAAAGAACUUUGUUCCUCCCCGCCUAGGUGGAACAGCCAGUGGAACCAACUCUGGUAAUCACUCAAGACAGAGCAGCUAUCAAAUGCACUCACCCAUGAAUUCACCCAAAGAACAGCCCAAAAGCAUUGAUCCCAUUACUCUUUUAAAAAUGGCUCCCAACGUCGUCAAAACCAGAAAGGGGAGUGUUUUGGCUAGAAAUACCAUCUUGAAAAUGGAUCACUUUUCCAGUGGUACCAAUACCAAUCUCGACUUACAUCUUCAAGGUGCCCCCAAUUUUCGCGUGGCGGAGUUAGAUGUCUAUGGCGUAGCACAACCCACCGUGAUUGGACUUUCUACAAUUUUAGCCAUCUUAAAUUGUCACCCAAAGAGUUUGAAUCAAACGACAUCAUGCACAUGGUUCUCAACCCGUGAGGAGCCUCUAGUUUAUUUAAAUGGAUCCCCCUAUGUAUUACGUGAGUAUGCAGAUCCAAUGCAAAAUAUGAGCGCCUUUCUGGGCAUCAACUCGGUGCGCUUAGAGAAAGUUGAGGAAAGAUUAAAAUUGGACGUGGUAAAGGAAGCAAAGUCAUUGGGAGGAUUAAUUUUGGUUCAUCAAGAGCUGUCGGAUGGCACAGUCGUUCCGUGUUAUAUCGCUGCCGAUCAGGUACAAACCCCCAAAGAAGUCUUUAGAUCGUUUCAAGAAAACGGUUACCGCCUAAACUACUUUCGUAUUCCAAUUUCACCCAGUCAAGCACCUGAGGAUAAUUACUUUGAUGAAUACAUCAAUGUCAUUCGUAAUUUAGAGCCCACAGAUCCACUCAUUUUUAACUGCGGUAUGGGUGCCGUCAGAACAACGGUUGGAAUCAUUAUUGCUCAAAUCAUUCGUCGUACUCAACUGAUCGAACUGGGCAAACAAGACCCAUUUCCAAUCCCUGGUUGGAGUUAUGAAGGAAGUGGUCCUGAUGAAUUAAACUUGAAUCGUUAUGUAAGAGGUUUAGAAGAGGCCGAAAAUGUUAAUGCCAAAAAUAACGCUGUUUUACGACUUGUCCUGAUCCUUGAGAAAGCCCUUGAUACAAAAAUGUCUUCUCAUUCGGCUAUUGAAUGGGUGCUACAACGCAACUCCAUGAUUGAGAAUUUAAAGGAAGCCGUGAUGGGGAAUUACCAAUCCAUUGUUUCUUUAACAACUGUGCUUGAUAGCGGUACUUUUAGUAAGAAAAUUCUGGAUGCUGUCAUUGAUCGAUCGGAUGCUGUGAUUAAUUUACGUGAAUCCAUCUUGACAAACCGUAUCCGACAAACUACACAAACCUCUUCUGCCGAUUACGACGAGAACAAUUACUUGAAUAAGGCAUUGGGUGGAUUGCAACGUUACUUUUUCUUACUCUGUUUCACAGCCUAUGUGAACGAAUCACCCAAUACAAAGUUCGAGAAACGAUUUUCUUCAUGGGUCCGAGCUCGAACCGAAGUAUGGGCCAUGCUCCAGAAUAUGCGUAGAAAGGGUCCUCGUUUAUACAUGUUUCGCCCCGUCGAGGAUUUACAUCAUUUAGCCAGUCCUACAAACUCUCUUCAACAUCAUGGUAAAGAUUCCCAGGGAAUGUUUGGUAUGACAGGUGCUGGUCCUCAAUCCAAUGAUAACAUUACGGUCGAAAUGGAAGAGUUUGUCAUCAAUUCUCGUACAGGUGUAGUGCUUACCUCGCAAACCAUCCUCAAGGUUGAUUUCUGGCAUUUUGGUUACCUCAACAACAACAAGAAUGAUGAAAAGGAAGAAGAAGGAGGUCAAACAUCCGCCGAACGUCAUCACAGUUUUGUGAUUGACGGUGCCUCUAAUUUCAGACGUAUCGAGAACACUCACGUGUAUGGCGUAGCUCAACCUACCGUCAAUGGUUUACGUCAAGUGAUUCGUACAUUAAUUUCAGAUAAACCCAAAACCGAUCGUAUUCUCUGGAUUAACUUACGUGAAGAACCUAUCAUCUAUAUCAAUGGUAUCCCCUACGUCCUGCGUGAUCGUGCUUUUACAUUACGUAACUUGAGAGCUUAUAAAGGUAUCACGGGUUCUCGUAUGGAACAGUUAGAGGAUCGUCUGAAAGAGGAUGUUGUGCGUGAGGUCACGCAAUGUGGCGGUCGUAUUUUGUUACACGGAGAGGACAAGGAUGGGAAAGUAUUGUCGUCGUGGGAAGAAGUCGAUGUCCAGGAUAUUUUGACUGUACGUGAGGUCAUGGAAUCCGUUGCCUUUGAAAUGGGCCAGCAAGAUUCGGAUGAGGAUGAGGAUCGUCUAGAGAGCACAACCACAGCUAGCCUGGUCUAUCAUCGUGUGCCAAUCACUGCUGAAAAAGCACCUGAAUGGAGAGAUUUUGAUGAUCUUCGAUCCCUUGUGACUGCAGUGGAUCUAUCCAAGACUGCCAUCAUCAUGAAUUGCCAAGUGGGUUUAGGUAGAUCGACUACAGGUACAAUUAUUGCAACUUUAUUAACACGUUGGAUGCGUCCUAGCACACCCAGUAAACCUUCUGGUGUAUUAUACCCCAACUACCAAAUCAUCAACAGUUUGUUACGGGUGAUCAAACACGGUCUUGAAACGAAGAGUGUGGUUGAUUCCACCUUGGACCAAUGUAGUGUCGGUGCCCCGCACUUACGCGAGACCAUUCAAGCAGCGCGUAUCCAAGCCGAAAAGGAAAUCGAGGAAGACCCCGCACAAUUUAAACGUACGGUCAAACGAGGUAUUACCUCUUUAGAACGGUACUUCAUGUUUAUCUGUUUCCAAGCUUACUUGGAUAGUACCUCCCCCUCUAUGGUAUGUGAAACUGAAAGCUUUGGACUUUGGAUGAAACGCCAUCCCGAAUUAGGCACUAUUUUACAUGAUAUCUUGAAUAACAAGGAACAAGAUGAAUUCCGAUCGUUGGUGCCCGUAGAAAAGUCACUGAGUGGUGAUGGUAUGGCGCUUUCCAGUGAGGUGAUGCGUGUGGUCAGUUCACGCCAUGGUCAAGUCCUUGCUCAACAAACCAUUCUGAAGCACGACGCUUUCCCAGGUUGUCAAAAGAUGAGUCUGAAAGAGAAAAUCCCUGGUGCUUACAAUUUCAGAAGAAUCGAGAUCAAGAAAGUCAAGUCGGCUGUCAAGUACGGUGGAUUAGCUGCUACGCUGAGUGGAUUGGCGGCAGAUAUGGAACGUGGGGAUGAUGAAGCACCCCUCUCUGCACCUUUUAUCUCGGGUUGUGCUAUGCCUAACAAGGACGCCAUCAAAUCCAUUUUAAAAGCAAUGCAUGCAGGCCCCGGGGGUCGUCGUUGGGUCUUCUGGACGUGUCUUCGUGAAGAACCUGUACUCUAUGUCAAUAAGAACCCCUAUGUCUUGCGUCUAUUCAAUGAUCCACUCAAGAAUUUAGAAACCACGGGUAUUUCCAAGGAAAGAGUAGAGAGUAUGGAGGAUAGAAUGAAAUUGGAUGUGAUACAAGAACUGAACGAAUACGAAGGCCGUAUGCUGUUACACGAUGAAGACAAUACCUUUAAUUUGAUACCACUGUGGGAAACUGUUCCAACAGAUCAAGUAGAAACACCUAGUCAAAUAUUUGAAUCCAUUCGAGCUGAGGGCUAUCAGGUGGACUAUACCAGAAUUCCCAUUACGGAUGAGCAGGCUCCUAUUCCAGACGUGUUUGACCAGUUGAUCCAUCGUAUGCAGGAAGCCAAUCAAGGCGUUGAUGUUUUAUUUAAUUGUCAAAUGGGUCGAGGUCGCACAACCACAGGUAUGAUUGUAGCUUCGUUGCUAUCCAUGAUCCUAAGCAAUGAUGCGAUUGGGGAUAUGGCUGAUUCAUUUAUUGGAGACAGUGGACCCCAUUCAUCCAGCUCGAAUGUGAACCCAUUCAACACUUAUUACAGCUAUCCAAGCACGGUGGAUGACGAAAAUGACGAAUCGCACGAAGAAAGGGAACGCUACCAAAACGGUGAAUACCGAGUGAUUCUCCAAUUGGUGAGUGUGCUGACGUACGGUAAAUUGGCAAAGCGACUUACAGAUCAAGCCAUCAAUAUGUGUGACCAUAUGCAAAAUUUACGAAAAGCAAUUUACGAUUACAAACUACGAAUUGAAGCCAUGACAGAUACUGGUUCCAAAAAAUGGCGCGCUGCACGUGAGGCUGCUCUGAAUUAUCUCGUCCGUUAUUUUUACCUGGUUGUCUUUGCCAAUUAUCUCUUGGAGGAAAUGGGGUCUCCCCAGCAUACAAAUAUGGUAGCUUCCGUGGUAUCUGAAGACAGCGAAUCCAAUGAUUCAACUGCAUUUAAAGAAGCUACAAAAUUAACUACAUUCAAAGAAUGGUUAAAGGGUAGACGAGAAAUUGUAAACAUUAUCUCUUUGCAAUCACUUGACUUAUCUUAAAAACAACAAAAAUAUUCCCAAGCUAUUCCCAAAAUAAAAUUUUCUCUUUCUCUUUUUU